AUGACAGAAUUACAUACUUAUUAUAUAAUAAAUGCUACUACUGAAAUGAAUUAUACUCAUUCUAAUUUGUCAAAAGAAGAACUUUAUAAAAUAUUUAAUAAAAGUUUAAGUUUUAGUGAAUUUUCUGAUGAAAUUUAUGAACAGAUAGAAGAAUUUAAUUUUAUCGAUAAUAAUGAGGAUUUGGCUGAAGAAUAUAAGAUAGAGAUACUAAACAAAAACAAUGAAAUCAUUAUAGAAAAAUUAUUUGAUUUUAAUAAUACUAAUUUAAUUAGUAAUAAUAAUAAUAAUUGA